AUGUGCCCUACCACGGGGACUGAACUUGGUCGCUUCCACCGAUUCGCUCGGCCGGGUUUCUGGGUGCGUGAGGCAUCCUCAAUGCGCAACCGUUUCCACCCUAACUGCUUCAACGAGGGGGCGAACUCUGUCCCUUUCCCUGAGGUAGUGGAUGCCAUGCAUCAGUGGCUUCGCGACCUCCUAAAACUGGCUCCCGGUGAGGAGUUGAGGAAAGAUUCCUUCCUCUUCGUCACCUGCGGAAAUUGGGAUGUCAAGACGGCCAUUCCGCGACAGUGCAACAAGCCGUUCCCAGGCGCCGUGGACUUCACCCUGCAGGAGCUACUCUUCUCUCGGUGGACCAACAUCAAGGAGGUCUUCAGAGAUCACUUCAAGCUGUCGGAUGCAGAUGCCCCGACAGGAAUGCGUGGCAUGCUCAAGCGACUGAGGAUGCCACUUGCUGGGCAGCAUCACUUAGGCAUGGAUGAUGUGAGCAACAUCGCGAAGAUUCUGCAGCGGCUGAUACGGGAUGGUUGCAGCAUCAAAGCCACAGGCCAAGCAAGCUUGCGAGUGCCUGGGCCCAUGAAGGGUGGCUUCAAAGGCUACGGCAAAGGGAAGGACAAGGGCAAAGGCAAAGGCAAAGGCAAAGACAAAGGCAAAGACAAGAUGGGUGGCAAGGCUGUGUUUGGCGAGAUGCCUUCUCCAGGACAAGGCGCGAUGGCCAAGAGUUCGAGCUUCUUCAGGAAGGGCGAGAAGGGCUCGAACGGAGACAU